CCGACGUGCACUCAAAACACAAACAUGACACAUGCGGAUCUACAACAAAACUAGAUUAAUAAUUUAAAAUCUGAUUGCAUUGCUUUAUUAUAUUAUUCCAAAGGUCGGUAGAAGAUACAACAAAUACGUCAAUAGUCUUGAAACAUGGAGGGCGAAACAUUUCAGCAAUGGAAGAAUCAGUGUCUUAAUAAGUGUGAUUUCAGUAAGAAGGGCAGUGUGGAUGAGGACAUUUCUCAUAUCGUCUCCUUUAUUAACAGUCAUGAUCGGUACUUCACGACAAGCUCUUGCUCCGGAAGAAUCAUACUUUUUGACGGGGUGUCAGAUUGCCCUGAUGUGCAAAAGCGAAACUGUUCCUGGUUAUUUGUCACUCAUCAAAAGUGCCAAAUAGAAGACGUGGUCACAGGUCUGGAGAAGUCUGUUGGAGAUGCCACUUUCAAGUUUGAGCCUUUUGUCCUUCACGUUCAGUGUAAACAGCUUGGCGAUGCACAACUACUGCACACUGUUGCAAUAAACUCUGGCCUGAGGAAUUCUGGUAUAACUGUGGGAAAGAAAGGCAAGAUCAUCAUGGCGGUACGCAGCACACAUUGUCUUGAGGUUCCUCUCAGCCACAAGGGGAACGUCCUCACCACUGACCAGUACCUUGAUUUCCUCGUCGGAGUUGCGAACCAGAAGAUGGAAGAAAAUCUUAAAAGAAUAGAGAGAUUCUAUGAGUGCUUACAAGGUGCCCUACAACCUCAAGAACAGAGAUGUAGUUUAAAGGAGGAGGCAGACAAGAAACCCAUCUAUAGACGGAGGAGGAAAAGGAUGCAGGACGAUUCUGUGACGGACUGUUGCCAAAGCGUCAAAAAACAUGAUGAAAUCAGCGAAGAGGAAAUGGACUGUGAUCUACUGUUUUCAUCAUCUUGAACAGUGCACAUUUAUUCCAUAAACACCUCUUUAGUUUGAAGUACCAGCUCAUUAGACAUACCUCACAUUAAUGUUUUAUGUGAACAUUAGACGUAAACAAUUGUUCUUUUUAAUGACAAAUAUAAAUGAAACAGUCUCAUAGGCUACCCACUUCAUUUAGGAACCUUUUUGAUAAGGGGCGUCUGCUUCCUGAUUAACAUUUGCCUCAUUAUUUUGCAGGAGCUUAGCGAAUCUGUUUUAGUUUAACAUGGCGUUACUUCAAAGCUUUUGUGCGCGUAAACCUUAACUCUUUUGCUCGUGCAGAAGGAAGAUGUUGUCGCUUACAGCAAUGUAUAAAUCGAGCGUGUUAUUCAUCUCCAACGAGCAAUCUGUCAGACGCCGUGGUGAAAACGGCGUGUGGUUUGGAGCACAUUUCCUCUGGAUUAGAAGGCAUUACUGACGGGGUCAGGUUCUGCAACGCCUCAUUUGGGAGACUUGGCUCAUUAACAGUCCGCCAUGUGCAUCUACUUCAUUCUGCUUUUGAUUUUUCAUUGUCAUUAAAGACUUUCAUGGUUUUAAUGAAGACAAGAAUGUUGAAAUAAUUCACUUGUAUUUAUCAAUAAAGCAUUUUCUAGAUACAAUA